CACGGGUUCGAGUUACGGAAGAGCUUGGCACCUUCCAAUUGGCUGCGAAGGCGGCGGUGGCCCGUAGCCCAUUGGUUGCUGUCGCCCCGUCCCCGGCGGGCCGAUCAAGCUGAAGGAGGUCCGGCGCGUCAGUGUGGCCCCACGCCGUGAGUCUGGUGCGGCCCGGCGCGCCUCGCCGCGUACCACGCCUCGCUCUAUCUCAGGAGAAAAAAAGAAAAAAAAAAUGGAAGGCCUGCCUGAUGCUGCUGUUUUUGCAACUAGACUUAAAAACACUCUCAUCCAGUAUCAUAGCAUUGAAGAUGAUAAGUGGCGAGUUGCCAAGAAAAUGAAAGAUGUAACAAUUUGGAGAAAACCUUCCGAGGAAUUUAAUGGAUACCUUUUCAAAGCCCAAGGCGUUAUAGAUGACAUCGUCAAUAGUGUAAUAGACCAUAUACGCCCAGGUCCCUGUCGCUUGGAUUGGGACAGCUUAAUGACUUCAAUGGAUAUUUUGGAACACUUUGAAGAGAAUUGCUGUGUGAUGCGUUAUACUACCGCCGGUCAGCUUUGGAAUGUGAUCUCCCCAAGAGAGUUUGUGGAUUUCUCCUACACUGUGGGCUAUGAAGAAGGGCUUCUAUCCUGUGGGGUAAGUCUUGACUGGAGUGAAGAGAGACCAGAAUUUAUUCGUGGGUAUAACCAUCCCUGCGGUUGGUUUUGUGUUCCGCUUAAAGACAACCCCCACCAGAGUCUCUUGACAGGCUAUAUUCAGACAGAUCUGCGUGGGAUGAUUCCUCAGUCUGCAGUCAACACAGCCAUGGCAAGCACUUUAGCCACCUUCUAUGGCGAUUUACAAAAAGCCUUACAAAAGGCAUAAUAUGUUUAAACUUGUACUGUAGUUCCCAGAAUCAACUUCUGCUCUCAGCUGGAUGGCCUGUAAAACUCUUCCUUCCUUCUCCUUCGUGUAGCCUAUGGAAACGUUUGCAACGAGUGUUGCUUUAUUUUAUUUCUGAACUGAAGAGUUACCUAAGAGAGGGCCCUUCAGCUUUCUUCAAUAGUUAUUUGCACAGGGUUUGGUACUGCAGUGUGUCUGAGCACGGAGAGUAUGACAGAGAUCCAUGAAGAAGACAAAGUAUCACUUCUCAGGUUGAAUUUAAUUAACAUCUAACACAAAAACCUCUGUAACUGAGGUUGCCUCUGGAGAAGACAGGAAAACAUUGCACAGUUUAAACAUUUAAUUGCCUGUUGAGCUUUGAAGGAUGAGUAAUUCCCUUUGAUGUAGACAGAAGCUUUACCUGUUUACUCAAGAGCACACGAGCACCCUUAGAAUCGGUGGUUAAAGUCUGGAUCCUCUGACUGACAUGGAUACUGCAGGAAUCCCAACCCAGUGGAUAAGCUCUGGGACCUGAAGAAGGAAGGGGACUCGACCAGGCUCCCCACAGAACGUGUGUCGUAUGACCCCUCGUCUGCUGCGUCUCCCUUGCGUGUCUUACUCAGCUUCAAGAAGUAGGGUGGUGGGAUCUGAGCAUAUGAGAAACAUAGGAAGUUGGAAUUAUAAUUUAUUCAUUAUUUUGUUGUUUCCAAAGAUUUUACAUGUAUAGUCAAAUAAAAGUUUGUCUCUUGCAAUUCAAUAAAAGUGAUACCAUAUAUAGAUUUUAUUUUUUUAAAGUUUAUAAUUCUUUCAUGAGCCAAUAUGCAUGAACCUUUAAUAAAAGCAUGUUCUAAUAUAAACUAUAUUUAUUUUUAAAUUGCCAUGAAAUAUUUCAGAAUAAAAUUAUUAGACACUCAUAAUCAUUGAUACUGUCUGUCUGAGUUGCUUUAACCUUAAGUACUUAAGCAAAUAUCUGAACUUAAAGUAUGUAAUUUAAAAUUUUAAACUCUUACAAAAGAAAAAUAUA